GGUCCUCAUCUGCUCCGGUCUCGCAACUGCGCUCGAUUGGUCGAGCCUGAGCCAACAUGGCGGCGCCCAUGUAACAGAGUCCCUGCCGCGAAGGCGAUGGCGGCCUUAGGGCGAGCCACGCACGGGUCGAAAGUCACCAUGCUGAGGGCGGCGUGGAGGGCGCUUAGUUCGAUUCGGACCCAAGUAGUGACCCAGGUGCCAGUCCUCGGGCUGCCGGGCGGAACGUGUGCCAGGCUUUCCUCCGUCCCGCGGGGCCUUCCCUCACCUCCUGGAGGUGAGGAGACGAGAAGCUCGGCAUUGGGAGUAGGAAAAUGCAGUUCGGCGAAGAUACAGGGUCUCAUCCUCCAGGCUGCCCGCGGAUAUGCCACCCAGAAACCAGUCCAGCCCAGCCAAGAAGAUGACCUGGCCCCUUCUAUGCUGCUCAAGGACUACCAGGACAUCCCUGGAAUUGAGAAGGUUGAUGAUGUUGUGAAAAGACUCUUAUCUUUGGAAAUGGCCAACCAAAAGGAGAAGCUAAAAAUCAAGAAAGCUCUGUUGAUGAACAAAGUGGCGGAAAAUCCUGAGGACACCAGAUCCCUGGAGGCUCGAAUUGUUGCCUUGACUGUCAAGAUCCACAGUUAUGAAGACCACAUGCAGAAACAUCGGAAGGACAAAGCCCACAAGCGCUAUCUGCAGAUGAGCAUUGACCAGAGGAAAAAGAUGCUCAAAAACCUCAGAAACACCAACUAUGCUGUCUUUGAGAAGACAUGCAGGGAGCUGGGGCUUGAGUACACCCCUCCCCCUCUGCACCACCGAAGGGCCCACCGCCGCUUGGCGACCAAGAAGGCUCUGUGCAUUCGGGUUUUCCAGGAAGUUCAGAAGCUAAAGAAGCAAAAAAGGGCCUUAAAAGCUGCAGCUGCAGCAGCCCGGGAACAAGGCCAGAAGAGCCCAAAGAGCCCUUUCAAAGCCAGACCAGAGGCAACCAAAGAAAACCAAUAAAGGUUGUUAAAGUUA